UUGUCUUCUUGUCAGAGUCAUUGUGGCAGCUGUAUAAACACCUGUCUAAAACGCGCAUGUCUCAUCCCUGAACAAUCAUCACUUGCAACGCGCCCUUUCCUAAAGCCCAACGUCCAACAUCCUUAUCGCUGACCGGCCGUGUCAUCUGUCGACUCUGGAACAUGGACAGGGGUCCGCUCAGACUUUUCUAAAGGGUGGGGGAUCAGUGAUGUCUCGGGUGGGGGAUCCGUUGCGUGCGCCGGUCCCAAAGAAAUGUGCAGAGGCCCGAAUGAACAAAAACACAGACCAACGAGUAAUGAACGACGAACGAAAAGGCCUGUUGAUGGUUUGAUUGCGUAUGGUUGAUGCGAAACAUAGCAGAGUUUACAAAUUUACAAAAGUAAAAGCUGGUUGUGUGAUGCUGACACUGCAAGGAUCGAGGCGGGAUGAGAUAUACAAUGCGGCAUCAGUUUCUUGACAGUCGAGCCAGCUUUCCUGCAUUUGCUACCUUCCCCCCGUGGGCGAUGAUCGAUUGACAGCUCUACUCGGACGCCUGGCUGGUCUCACCGAGGGCGUAAAUAAGACAAGAUGACGCUAGAUGCUAGUGCCGGAGGGGUCCUUUCGGAAGUUACGAACCCUGAUUCCAGAGUGUCCCUUGACACUGGCGGGCGGUAGUGAUGCGAACCAGACAAAACGAAAAAGAACCGCAGCAUACAUGGGUUGGGACGCGCGCAGAUAGGAAGGAUCGUCGGCAAGAGGCCCGGUGUGCGGACGGGGGAUGGGAAGCGGCAGAAAGAAGCUGCCUGACGACGAGGCGAGACACGAGAGGAAAGGAGUGGGUGGCGGCCCUGGAGAAACUAGGCGGGGAUCAGUGAUGGGCAGCGGCAUGCAGCAUCAGGAUCACGAUCGCGCAUCAGAGAGGAAGGAAGUGUUCUUAUGCAAGCGGGCGUCAAUGGGGAUGGGGGGCGGUGCUAUAAGAGGAGGGGGAACGUCGCUGUUCGACCGCCGCCCUUCGCUCCUUACUAACACACCCGCCAAGCACGUGAUGCUCUCUCAGGCUAUUGACCCUCCGGCAUCCCCGCUGUCAGCCGCCCCAGGUGCCACGGAGCAGCCCCUCCCGCCGGCAGCCGGACGGAGGAGGACGACAGUCAGCCUGCACUCCCUUGCAGACGCAGCGUUGGCAGAUGCCUCCCACCGUCCCCAACUCACCCACCGUUCCUCCAUCACCCUCCCGCCCAUAUCUAGCCUGCUGCCUGGCGCAUCUGCACCCGUACCAGCUAGUAAGUCCUCGGCACAGAAGCUGCCGUCGAGAAAUCAGGCUACAUCGGGUCAGCCGUCGGUCAAAGGCUGGUCUCCUGCUACCCUCUCGCCCAAGAAUACCGGUGCGCCAGUCGUGCUACCGCGGACUCGUGCAGUGUACCGCCCGAUCGAGGCCCCAGUCCACCCCCUGGUCCCCGACCAACACGUGGCUCUUGAGUACAAUGUCCGUCGGUAUACCCGUGCAGACUCUUCGGGCCGGCCUUCAUCCUCAUCCCAGGCCCAAUCUUCAUGCUGCAACAUCGCACCUGCCGCACCCACUUCCAGACCUACUUGUCGAGGAAAAGCGCCCGCUGAACAGCCUAUGCCACAGCCACACCCUCAAACCCAACUUCAUAGGCGUUACCCACUCCAAGGUCUUCAGCUUGACAAGACGUACCCAGAGUGGUCAAUUCAUGGAUGGCAUGAAGAUGCGCAGCGUCUCCUCCAACCUCCUCGGACGCUGACUCCUCCCAGCGUUUAUGCGAAAUCGAGAUCUAUCAGUCGUGGCGCUUACUCGAGCGGAUCAGAGUUUGACAAACCAGCUCGCCCUCCACCUGGCUGGGGAGAUAAUGUGCAUGGUACAUCCCAGGCGUACGCACCUCCUUUUCUUCAAGCGAAUACCCUUUACCCUCCACCUCUCCGGCCCAUCAACUCGGAAGCGAAACCGCGUCAGAGGUCUUACAGGUUCAUCACGCACGAUACCGAACCGUCCACGGAACAGAAGAAUCAUGCAGUGACUCGUGCUUUGGGUACCGAGGAAGAGUGCAAUGGGCCUCAAACCAAGGCUAAAGAGUCGUCCUCUUUGGGGAACAAGUGUUCUAUUGGCUCCGCACCAAGUAGCCCGCCUAGCUGUCAUCCGAUCAAAGGUAUCAUACCAAGCGCAUCACCCACUCCGGUCAUUAACAACCAUCCUCUCACGCGUUCAACUCCAUCUACCUGGUCUAUCACUUCUCAUCUCAACAUCACCACCUACCGCUCAAACUCCCACCAAUCAUCUCAAAGCCCCAUUACCCCCAAAGCCGCGUUUGAGAACGAGCUCGAUAGUACAUCCAACUCGUCUUCUUCUAGUAGUGCGCCGUCUGAAUACGAGGAUGAUGGCUUUGAGUUGUCAGACAUGAGCGAUCGUGGGCAUGAGCCUGGCCGUGCACUUGUUCAUGGUGGCAUGGGCAGCAGGGAAAAUAUAGGUGAAGAUGAAAAGGGGGAAAACCUCUCUGCCAAGCUUCGUCUCCAAAUCCCACCUUUUUAUUCCACACCUAGCGGCUCACCACUCAAAUCUGUCAGUUCCGAGAACGUUACCCCGUCGUCUUCAAACUAUACGCCUACCAGCAGCACAAAACGCGCCCGAAUUUUGACCUCGACGUCAACUUGCAACCCAAUGUCGACAUCGUCUUGGGAUGCAGAGAGAGAAAAUGGAGUGCUCAAGGGCUGUACCAGCGGCAAUACGGUUACGGUUGAGAGUACGGGUAGGAAUGAUGGGAAAGUGAGGCAAAAGGAGCAAAGAAGGAAUAGGGAGAGAAGGAGAGAGCAGAAUGCGGUUGCGCAGAAAAAGUUUAGGUGGAAGAAGAAGCAGAUGGCGGAGAAAAUGGCAGCUGACCUUGAGUCUGCGAACGAGACGACAUUGAAACUACAAGAACAACUUGAAGAGCGAGACAGCCUUGUUUCAAAUCUCCAAAGCGAGUUGUCGUUGUACAAGCGCAAGUUUGGCGAGUGUACUUUGAUCUAGUAUUUCUUUUUUUCUCUUUCUUGCCCUUCUUUCCGUUGCUUCCAUUGUAAUCUUAAAAGCUGCGCGUCCAUCAUAAAAAGCGGAUGACACAUGCUGAAGCCGGGUCAAUUAAAACGACGGCCACAGAAAAGCCAUACCUAACAACUUAUCUUGUAUCAGCGGACACUCUCACCUAGCAUGUCCAUAGCAUCAUCAACACACAACUUGAUUUUUGGUACAUAAUAUCAUUCAUUCUUAUUUCAUCUACCGAGUCUUUCUCUUACCCUUAACACGCACGUACAACCAUGAUAUCCAUAUUUAAUGUCA